AUGACGUUUGAAAAUUGCUUAAAAAAGUCUCUUCAAGGGCUUCAGGAAGGGGCGACCUUUGAGGUGUACGACAUUCGCUCUAAUUUGUACCAGUGCCCCAAACCAUUAAUCAAACAACAUGAAGGAGAAACAUUUUGUCGACAUUGCUUGAUCCUUGUCUCAACAGAAAAGAAGGGUUUUUUGUGUGGAUUAGAGAGUUACGAGUACGUAUUGAAAAAGGAUGGAGAAAAAGAUCAGCACAUUGUGUAUAUUUCCAAAGUCGACACAACAAGUCCGUUUCGCGGUUUGACAGGUCGUAUUGUUCAAUCGUAUAUUUCAAGUUUACCAGCUGGUAGUUCUAUAUAUGUAUUUGCUCGCGCACAACCACAAUAUCUUUUUGCAGAAUCAGCUGACAACCAAGCCAAGGCAGUCUUAAGUGAUCGUGAUCUCGUAUCAUGGUGGCUUCAUGUUUUAAACAAGGUGCCAGAGAAAAGUUCUGGUUGGUGGUCUGUUCCGGGGUUGGAUGAUGAAUCAAGUGCUUUGAUUGAGAUUGGAGCUAGAAAGCGAAGCUGGAAGGCUUCCGAUCACAUCAAUUGGAAAUAUGGCACAUCAUAUGAUCCGCAUUCCAAAGCGGAUUUAGUGAUACCUAGAUUUGAGGAUGAUGCAAAAUCUCGUUUAUUAAAAAGCAGCGUGACCGAGGAAAACUUAUCCGUCAAGGACUUUUGGAAUCUAUUAGCGUUUGGAGAAGAGUGCGGGUCUGGUAAGAUUGCAGGAUUCUUUCAAUUAGAAAAAGAGGAUGAUGGUACAACCUCAAGAGACAACACACCCGAUUUGAAAAAUAAAGAUUUUACACUCUUUUGGAAUAAAUUCAUGUCACUUGACUUUUCAAAUGAUGAAGCAAUUACAAAAUCAACAAAUAUCGCCAAAAGCGAUAUCAAUGAAAUAUUUCCAAAUUUAAAACCAAUUCAGAUCACUGUGAACACAAAGACGAAAGAUGAUACAAACAUUAUCAACGCCGAAAAAAGGCCUGCAAUUAAUAUGCUAUCAGGAAGUUUUAUAAAGCGAAAGAAGAUUUAA